AUGUGUGCGAUGUACGCGGAGACGGUCCAUAUUCGCAAUUCCAUUCUGAAAGAAGGGGGAGCAGGGGUCUGCAACAUUUUAUUAUUCCGGGUGAAGAUCUUCGUCCGGUUGAAGAACACCAGCUGGGUGAUGCGAAUCUACACGAACUACAAACCAGAGAUCCCCAGCCAGAGGGACUGGAUGUGUGGAAUCCAGUGCAACCACUCCCACGUAGACUUCUGCCUUGCUGACAGACUGCCACAGCUGGGGAACAUAACGAGGAUCCAAGAAGAAGGGUCGACCUGGAGGUUCCUAGUAGGAAUGGAUCCGCUGGUCGACAUCUUUGUAUCUAGAGACUCGGAUUCGGUGGUGACCAGCCGUGAACGCGAAGCUGUUGAUGAAUGGUUAAAGUCAAACUCAAUGAUUCACGUGAUGCGGGAUCAUCCUCAUCAUCCAUGGCACAUUCUUGCGGGCAUGUGGGGUGCAAAGACGUUCAUGAACCGUUCCCUGAUGGCAAACCUCACGGUGCAAAUGGUGCUGAAGACUGAUUUGAAACACGCCUACGGAUUUGAUCAAGAGAUUCUUCGGCUUAUCCUCUGGCCGGCCACGACGCACCUCAUGGUGUGA